AGCAGCGACAGUAGGAUGCAUGUUUUCUAAUGGCGGAUAGUAAUGUCUGAGGCAUGGAGCGACUUUGAUUGAAAAAAUCGUAAGAUUCUCUUCGUUAAACAUCAUGGCAGCUGUCUGUGCAUCUUGUGGGGGAAAGGCGGCUUUAAAAAGACCCAAAACAGGACAUGCUUUGUGCAAAGAGUGUUUCUACUUUGCCUUUGAAGAAGAGAUUCAUUACACUAUUGAGUCAGCUGAGCUGUUCAAGCCAUGGGAAACAGUGGCCAUUGGUGCCUCAGGAGGAAAGGAUUCCACUGUCCUUGCAUACAUCAUGAAACUGCUCAAUGAGAGGCAUGGCUAUGGCCUUAACCUAGUGCUGCUGUCUGUUGAUGAGGGAAUCACUGGAUAUCGUGACGAUUCCUUGGAGACUGUCAAGAGGAACCAGAAACAGUAUGGUUUGCCUUUGAAAAUCGUUUCCUAUGAGGAGCUGUAUGGAUGGUCAAUGGAUGAUAUCGUCAAGCAGAUUGGACUCAAGAACAACUGUACCUUUUGUGGGGUGUUCAGGCGACAAGCUCUUGAUCGUGGCGCUAUGAUGCUAAAUGUAGACAAAAUUGUCACAGGACACAAUGCUGAUGAUAUUGCUGAGACUGUAAUUAUGAAUAUUUUAAGAGGUGACAUUUCUCGUUUGAGAAGGUGCACUGCAAUAAUGACUGGAACUGAUGGGGCACUUCCUCGGUGUAAACCUUUCAAAUAUACAUAUGAAAAGGAGAUUGUUAUGUAUGCUUACUACAAAAACCUGGACUACUUUUCAACUGAAUGCAUCUACUCCCCUAACGCAUACAGAGGCCAUGCCAGAAAAUACAUCAAAGACUUAGAAAAAAUCCGUUCCAGUGCAAUUCUGGAUAUCAUUCACAGUGGAGAACGCCUGUCUGUUAAGGAGGAUGUCCGCAUGCCUGUUCAGAGGACAUGUCAGCGCUGUGGCUACAUCUCCAGCAAUGAGAUCUGCAAAGCUUGUGUGAUGUUGGAGGGACUGAACAAAGGACGUCCAAGGUUGGGCAUCGGGAAAACUCAUAAAGAGAGAAGAAAGUGGGAGGAGGAGCUAGCUUUGGAGGCAGCGAAAGACCAGGCCUCGCAGCAUGUGCAGCCUCCAGAAGAUACAGACGACAAGGCCGACGAGGACUGCGGCGCUGGGUCGGAGGGAGGCGGCGGUGCUGGCUGUGGUCAGUGCGCGUGCGGUGGGCGGAGCAGGAACAGCGUCACUUCCAGUGGAGUUGCUGACGUUAACGAGGCCCGGCCGCAGGGUAGUUCGGAAGUUGAAGGCAGGGGGGAUGCCGGGAAACUGGACGAGGCGCAGGGGCUAGUCGCUGCCAUGGAAAAAGUGCGCCUGGGCGGACGGACAGUCAAACCCAAUCUUCUGGAUUUUUGACGCCUGGCCAUGGGUGGCACAAACUGUUCUUUCCGUGCUGCCUGCGAUUUUAUGUGAAGCUGGUGGGAAAGGUGAAGGGGCGAUGGGGGUGGGGGAAGGGAGGAUUUUGAGAUGUCUGUGAUUCUUGUUAAAAAAAAAAAAAGUGUGACGUCACAUGCUAUAACCUCUGUGCUAUGAGAACUUCAGAGGGAAAGGAUGAGCUACUUCAUGGCAGUGCAUGGAAGUUGUGAAUGAGAACAAGGAGAACGAAUUUUUUUUUUGUCUUGAAAAAAAGUAGAUAAACACACAUCAGUUCAUCAUCAGCA